AUGGCCGUCACUUUUUCUGAUAUUUUCAAAAUCUUUUUCGCCAUCUUCCUCCCACCUUUAGGUGUCUUGUUAGAAAAAGGAUGUGGUGCUGACCUCUGUAUUAACAUACUCUUAACACUUCUUGGUUAUUUACCUGGUAUCAUUCACGCUAUUUACAUCAUCUUUAAAUACUAG